AUCGUUGCCUUUCUGUGAAGAAGGCGACGGCGACGGCGACGACGACAGCGGCAGCCAAGAUGUCAGCCAUCUGGCAGGCCUCUACCUGUCCGACAGUUGGCCACGGCUUCCGGAACCGAACAAAGACCCAUCGGACUUGGAUCGAACUACUCAAGGAAGCUUCUUUUCGGAUACGAAGGAACGAAAUGCUUUUAGAAUGCUAUUGCAGAGACAUUCUAGGGGGAAGCAAUGGAUACAUAGAUGAAAGAGACCCCUCGAAAAGGUUAAGUAAAACCGCUGGAAAAGAAAGCGAACCGAUGGCUGUUGCAACCACUGAAACACACAAAAACCAUGGAACAAUGGAGGAGCGCCAAGAGUUUGAAGAAUUAAUGAUGGGCCAGGGCCCGGGCCGGGCCCCAGCUGAAACGCCAGCGAGGAAAUUGGCCCACAGAGACGUGACGAAUCCCGCAUCCUCCUGAGAGCCAGUGAGCGAGGAUCAAGGACAACGGAGGCCGCAAAUCAACAAAAGAUUUGGGUUUCUACUGCUCGGUACGGCUGCCCGGUGGGUUUUUGGUUAAGCAAACCCAACGGGAGGAGUACCCAGUACGGAGUACGGAUGUGCAGGGUGUGCAAACAUUUACGCCUAGCAGGAGACCCAGGACGACCUUGAGCCACUGAUCUUGGCCAAAACAGGAAGAAGAAUUGGGGUACGCGGCGCCGCAACUGCCGAUCAAUCCUAUUCCGAUUCCGAUACGGCGUUGAUUUCUCGAUUUGGCCAAACAAUGAGCACUGAAAAGGCCACUCAUAUAACGCUAAUUUUGCGCUAUCAACGCGCAAAAUAUCCAGCAUCAUCAUAGGGAUCGGCUCUGCAGCAGAGGAACAGGCCGAGUGGAACAGGGAGAGGGCUGCGAGCGCGGUAUGAAAAUGCAGAAAACAGUAGGAGGCAGCGGUGCCAUAAACGCUGCGAGCCAGCUUCAAUCGCAUUUCCACGAACGGACUGGACGACAAGCGGAAAAAUGAAAACACGUCCAUGCAAUGAAUAAAGAUGCUAAGAGACUUUUUAUGAUGCCACCUAGGGUGCUAUGAAUGAAAAUCAUCCUCGUGAUCGUUGUCUCAGUCCUCAAAGCCAAGUUUCGUCCAGGCCCAU